GCUCUAUUACGGUCAGAGGGUGUCGUAUUUUUUGUUCUGCACAAACUGUAACUGUAAAGUCCCCAGAGACAAAUGUAAAUGUGUGAUAAACUCCGAUUGAUCUUAACAUUUUGGUCUUGCGCUUGACUCAGAGCGCGGAUCUCGAAAACACUAUUUUAGAGACCCCCCAACAUUUCCCAAAUCAUGUUUUCGGGUUUUCAGGGGGUCUCGGAUCCCCCGAGUCCCCCCGUAGUUCGGACACUGGUGUGUGUACUAUGCAGGAAUAUUACAGAAACAUGAUCGCUGGAGUAUUAUGGGGUGUGACCAGGGUUGGCAGAUGUUUUGUGGCUUAUUCCCCACAUUGUAGACACACCCAUAGACUGCCCUGGGCGACCAGGAGUAAUGACUAACAAUGCGUGAUUGUGUGUGCGUGCGUGCUGGUGUUCCUAUGUGUGAGUGUGUGUGCGCGCACUCUCUGCUGUUUCCUGCAGGAAUGUGCUCUGCGCUGCGGGACGGACUGCGCAUCUCUGGGAAGUUAAACCUGUUUGUUCUCAUGAUCCGGAGCAACGGACUCUCUCCCUGACCUCAGCUCUCCAAUCUUGGCUCGGUAUGGCUGUGCGGGCCAGGACGGGAUUCUACCGGCAGGAGGUGAACAGAACCGUUUGGGAGGCUCCGGAGAGGUACCGGGACCUGAAGCAGGUCGGAACAGGAGCGUAUGGAACCGUGUGUUCAGCAUGGGACCGCCGGAUGGGGGCGCAGGUGGCCAUUAAGAAACUUCACCGGCCCUUCCAGUCCAAACUGUUUGCCAAAAGAGCGUACAGAGAACUGCGGCUCCUUAAACACAUGAAGCAUGAAAAUGUCAUCGGGCUGCUGGACGUCUUUACCGCUGAGAUCGCGUUGGACCGGCUGCGAGAUUUUUACCUGGUGAUGCCGUUCAUGGGCACCGACCUCGGGAAGCUGAUGAAGCUGGAGAAACUAUCAGAGGACCGAGUGCAGUUCCUGGUCUAUCAGAUGCUGAGAGGACUCAAGUAUAUCCACUCUGCAGGGAUCAUCCACAGGGACCUGAAACCUGGAAACUUAGCCAUAAACCCGGACUGUGAGCUAAAGAUUCUUGAUUUUGGCUUGGCGAGGCAGGCUGACACUGAGAUGACCGGCUACGUGGUGACGCGCUGGUACCGAGCGCCCGAGGUCAUCCUCAACUGGAUGCACUACACACAAACUGUGGACAUCUGGUCGGCAGGCUGCAUCAUGGCCGAGAUGCUGCUGGGAAAGCCGCUGUUCAAAGGAAGUGAUCAUUUGGACCAGCUCAGGGAGAUCAUGAAGAUCACAGGAACCCCAGCGUCGGACUUUGUGGUGAAGCUACAGAGCCAAGACGCCAAAAACUACGUCAGAAGUCUAACCAAAGUGCCAAAGAAAGACUUGCACUCUGUUUUCUCAAAAGCCAGCUCCAAUGCAGUGUGUGUGUUGGAGAAGAUGCUGCUCCUGGACCCCGAGCAGAGGGUGAGCGCCUCAGAAGCGCUCGAUCUGCCUUUCUUCAGCGAGUUCCGAGACGCUGAGGAGGAAACGGAGGCGCAGCCCUACGAUCAGACCAUGGACAACACAGACCUGCCGCUGGACCAGUGGAAACGUCACACCUUCACAGAGAUACUGACCUUCACACCACCCAGGGACUCCAGAGAGACGUCACUUUAAGAGCACACACAACAUGACAUACACUAACACAUACACACUCACACCAUUAUUUUCUUGUUGACCUUGUUGCGUUGUGUAC